GUCUUUGCAGCUCUGGUAUUGGUUUUUAAUGUCCAUUGUCUGUCUUCUCCGUGUCCCUCAGGAGUCCUUCAACAACGUCAAACAGUGGCUGCAGGAGAUCGACCGCUACGCCAGCGAGAACGUCAACAAGCUGCUCGUAGGCAACAAGUGUGACCUCACAACGAAGAAGGUGGUGGACUACACCACGGCGAAGGAAUUCGCCGACAACCUGGGAAUCCCCUUCCUGGAGACGAGCGCCAAGAGCGCCACCAACGUGGAGCAGGCGUUCAUGACCAUGGCGGCGGAGAUCAAGAAGAGGAUGGGCCCCGGGGCCACGGCCAACUCCUCGGAGAAGACCAACGUCAAGAUCCAGAGCAAGCCGGUCAACACCUCGUCCGGAGGCUGCUGCUGAGACCCCCCCAAGGGGGAGGGGGGGGGGGGGGGGGGGGGGAGAAAAACCAACCACGACCUGAAUCCACCCACGACCAGUCUCUAUGUUACCAUGCUCCACAGGGAGGGAGAGAGAGGUUAGAGAGAGGGAAAGAGAGAGAGAGAGGAGAGAGGAGGAAGACUUUAAAUGGACCGGUGUGUAAGUGUGUGUGCAGCUACGACACCAGAUUCCAACCCCACCCUUUUGAGAGUCCGCAACAGGCCGGUAAGCCCCAUCCAAAACCACCUGAAACACACUGGGCGGUUCUAUUUCUUUCUUUUUUUUUUUAUUCUUCUUUUUCCUAAUUUACCAAAACACACUCGUACUGGAAAAAACAAACAAAAAUGUAUACAAUUUUUAACAAUGUGUGAAGUUUAACCAACGACAAGUGAAAACACACACAUACAGUUUUUCCCCUUCUGUCUUACUGUUUAUUACUUUUUUUUUUUUUGGUUUUUUAUCGCCCGCUCCUUAUUUCGUUUUUUUCUUUAAACGAGUCACUUUUUCUACAAACUGAAGAAAAACUGCUAUUUUAGCUGUGUAAAAAAAAAUGAAAACAGCUUGACUUUCUUUUUUUGCUUCACCCCAAAAUCUCCUCGGAUAUACGUAUCUGUAAAGCACUUCAAAUGAAGCACAUGCUUAAUUAAAAAACCAGCAUCAUGCAUGUUCGGAGCGGAUCGCGCGCAUGCGAGCGUCCAAGAUGGCCGCCGUGAAGCGAGUGGCUUCCUGCUCCAUCUACACAGGGACAAGACAGGAAGUGUCACUUGCUUUAACUUCACAGUGUCACCCCCCCCCAUCCCCCCAAUCCCCCUAAAAAUAAGAAAGUGCCAGUGCCUUUUGUGGCAGGAGAUUCACACGACGCGUAUGCCUUCGGUGCUCUUGUGUUGUCGGCAUAUCCCCCCCCCCCCACAUAUGCCCGGGACGACUUACUUUUAAAGAGUCCUCUUUGUAUGAUAGCAUAACAUUCCUGUGUAUAUAUAUAUAUAUAUCUAUAUAUUCAGCUCUUAUGUGCGUGCUCUGCUGGUAUCCACGAAACAAUAAGCAUGUGCUACAUUGGGAGACGUGACGUCAGGCGUGCGCGUGUGUUAUUUUUUAGUUUUUCCUCGACAUUACGACAAAACGGCCCAACCGCGAACCCCGUUGGAGAAGGACGAGCGAGAAAACCCACCAUCCCAGCUGGAGAAUAAUCUAUAAACUGUAUAUAUUUAUACAUAAAUGUAAGAAGUGAUUUGCAUUUGCAAAAAAAACAAAAAACACACAAUUGUGUAGAGAAUAGCAAGCGAAUGACAGGAUGAAAGUAGCUGGAAUUAGUACUCUCGGCACGUGAUUUGUGGCUGCGGACAUGAUGUUUUUGUGGCACAGUGUCUACUAUUAAAACAAUGAAGGAGAUCUUUGAUAA